AGAUGUAGUGACCUGCAGAUGUAAUUCAAAUCGGGCCUAAUGGAGAAUCAGUAAGCGGGAAUAACUAGGGCACUAUUGACAUGUAUGCAAGCUGCAGCUUUUCUGGCAUCCCACUCCCCUUUCAUUAACCAACGGCCUUGUUGUCUUUUGAUAUUAUUCUUGGGCAUGAAAUCGCUUCCUCUUGUCCGACAUAACAUCCAAUACAUCACUUUUGUCGUCGAAGAUGCCGAAUACAAGCUAUUGACAAUUCCGAUACAGGAGCAUCCGAACGUCGCCGUAUAUAUAUCGGCCAGUUCCGCCAUAGACGACCUUGUCCAUACAAAUACGUCCACAAAAACCCAGCACCGGAAUGCAGAUGGGGCCACUGAUUGAUUUACUGAUUGAUUAGAUGAAAAGAGUGGAUAUUGCUUCAGUAUCGCGUAGUUUCCGCCGAAUCCGAGAGCUGGCCGAGUCUACCGAGAGACAAAGAGUGGGUAGAGUCAAUUUAAUCGGUUGAAGUUACCUAAUGGGUCGGAUUUGAUGAGACGAAUCUA